CGUCCUCGGAAAACGCAUAUAAAUACUUUUUCUUUAUAAUGUAUAUCAAUACCAUAUGUGCUCUGAUAUCAUAAUCCAUAACAAUAGAAGUGCAUCAAUGGCGUUUCACAGUGAAAAGUCCAUCUUAGUGAAGGUGGUCUUCUCUCUGCUACUUCUUCUUCCCCUAUCACAAAGCAACGCUGCUCGUGUUCCUUCGACCCCCAGAGUUCCCAUUGGCCCCAGGCGACCGAUUUGCCCGGCUUGUGUGUGUUGCGAGCCAGCGCCAAUAGGAAGGUGCUGCAGAUGUUGUGCAUCUCCUAUCGUCACUCAGACUCAUCACCACUCUCAAUCUCCAUGAAAAACAUAAAACAAUAAAGCCCGACUAAUGAUGAAUCAUAAAGAAAGUCCUUUGUAGUCCAUGUUUCUGCUUCCAUGUCCUAAUAAAAUAAUAACACUCUAAUUUUAA